AUGUGCGACGAGGACGAGACCACUGCGCUCGUGUGUGACAAUGGCUCUGGCCUGGUGAAGGCCGGCUUCGCCGGGGAUGACGCCCCUAGGGCUGUGUUCCCCUCCAUCGUGGGCCGCCCUCGCCACCAGGGCGUCAUGGUGGGUAUGGGUCAGAAGGACUCCUAUGUAGGCGAUGAAGCCCAGAGCAAGAGAGGUAUCCUGACCCUGAAGUACCCCAUUGAACAUGGUAUCAUCACAAACUGGGACGACAUGGAGAAGAUCUGGCACCACACCUUCUACAAUGAACUGCGUGUCGCCCCUGAGGAGCACCCCACCCUGCUCACUGAGGCUCCUCUUAACCCUAAAGCCAACCGUGAAAAGAUGACCCAAAUCAUGUUUGAGACCUUCAACGUCCCUGCCAUGUAUGUGGCCAUCCAGGCUGUGCUGUCCCUGUAUGCCUCUGGCCGUACCACUGGUAUCGUGCUGGACUCUGGUGAUGGUGUGACACACAAUGUCCCCAUCUAUGAAGGGUAUGCCCUGCCCCAUGCCAUCAUGCGCUUGGAUCUGGCUGGCCGUGACCUCACUGACUACCUGAUGAAGAUCCUGACUGAGCGUGGCUAUUCCUUCGUCACCACAGCUGAACGUGAGAUUGUCCGUGAUAUCAAGGAGAAGCUGUGCUAUGUGGCGCUGGACUUUGAGAACGAGAUGGCCACCGCUGCCUCUUCCUCCUCCCUUGAAAAGAGCUAUGAGCUGCCUGAUGGACAGGUCAUCACCAUUGGGAAUGAACGUUUCCGUUGCCCAGAAACCCUCUUCCAGCCUUCCUUCAUUGGUAUGGAGUCUGCAGGGAUCCAUGAGACAACCUACAACAGCAUCAUGAAGUGCGACAUUGACAUCAGGAAGGACCUGUAUGCCAACAAUGUCAUGUCUGGGGGUACCACCAUGUACCCAGGUAUUGCUGACCGCAUGCAAAAGGAGAUCACAGCUCUGGCCCCCAGCACAAUGAAGAUCAAGAUCAUUGCCCCACCUGAGCGCAAGUACUCUGUCUGGAUUGGUGGCUCUAUCCUGGCCUCCCUGUCCACUUUCCAGCAGAUGUGGAUCACAAAGCAGGAAUAUGAUGAGGCUGGCCCAUCCAUUGUCCACCGUAAAUGCUUCUAAACAUGUUUACGUGAUCACUCUGCCAACCAUGCUCAGGAUGACAACCUUCUAGGUUGCAGGCUGCCCUGGACCUGCAACAGCCAUGUAACUUUCUAUUUUGUAACAAUUUCUGGUUACUGUUGCUGCAAAGCUCCAGCUGACACAAUGUAUGUAAAGUGUACAUAAAUUAAUUUAUUUUACCUCACUUUGUUUGUUUUUAAAACCAAUGCCCCAUGGAAGGAAACAAAAAACUUCAAGAAGCAUUAAAUCAUCAGUCAUUC